GUUCAUUUUGAGUUGGUUUCUUUAUAUUCUGGUACCUAUUAUUCCAAGUUAGUAUUACCAAGUAUCACCGAACAUGGAGAAUGAAGUUGUUGAGGAAAAAGUGAGUCAGCAAUACGAAGCUGUUGUAUAUAGAAAUACAGAUGUUGAAAACUAUCAGUUCAAACAGUUGACGGUGGGAGAUGAAUCGAAAAGCAAUAGUACUUUUAUGUAUUUCUCGGCAAUAACAGCCAACUUACUGAUCUUCUCCUGCACCUCCGGCUUGGGCUGGACCAGUCCCGUCAUCCCCACCUUAAGCAGCCACAACCCCAAAGUCAACCCCCUGGGCAGACCCGUGACACCCCUGGAAAUAUCCUGGAUCGCCUCCCUUCUAGUGCUGGGAGCCGCUUUCGGACCACUGGUCAUUGCCAAACUGGGCGACCUCCUCGGCAGAAAGAAGGCUCUGAUUUGCAUCUCAAUUCCCCACAUUUUGUCGAUCAUCACCCUGGCCUAUGCUAGUGAUGUAAGGGUUUUUUACGUCACUAGAUUCGUAUCGGGGUUUGUUAUGGGAAGCGCCUUUGGUCUAGUUCCGGUUUAUCUAGCUGAGAUUGCGGAAAUGCGCAACAGGGGUACAGUGGGAGCGCUUAUGAGCAUCUUCAUCACCAUCGGGAUUUUGUACUCUUUCGUUAUAGGGCCUUUAGUGUCCGUCAAAACUCUCACUUUGUGUUGUGUGGCACCUGGUAUUGUUUUCCUGGUUGUGUUCAGCUUGGUCAUUCCUGAAUCCCCAGUUUAUUUGGCUUCUAAAGGAGACACCCAGGGAGCUUCGCAUGUACUGAUGAAGCUGAGAGGACGUACUGCGGAUCAAGUCCAGCAUGAGUUGAGGCUUAUCUUGAAGGCAUUGGAGGAGGAAAAACAGGAGAUGAGUAGUGGUGGGGUGACAGAACUUUUCACAGACGCUGGCUUGAGGAAAUCUUUAGUUAUCUGCCUGGGGCUUUUCAUGUUUCAGCAGUUCUCGGGUCUGAACGUUUUGACAGCAUUUCUGGAACAGAUAUUUGCUGCAUCUGGAAGUAGCAUGUCAAAAUAUGUCUCGACUAACGUCGUGAUGCUGACUCAGUUCUUCAGCUCGAUUUUAGCUACUGCUAUAGUGGAAAGAUUUCCUAAAAGGUCCUUGCUGAUGCUAUCAACGACAGGCACUUUCUUAUCAUUGUGGUUUCUUGCUUUAUACUUCUAUUUGAAAACCAACACAACUUACAACAUUGACUUCCUCUUCUGGUUACCAAUCGCAUCGAUGAUAUCAUUUUUCAUCAUGCUAGGUGGUUUAGCUGCUUUGCCUUGGGGUUUAGUCAGCGAAAUAUUUCCAACGAAAUUCAGAGCGACGGCUGGGUGUCUAGCUUCGUUCGCUUGUUUCUUUAGUUCGUUUUUGGUGACGCUUGGGUUUCCCCUGGUUCUGCAGAUCUUCGGAAUGUCUCACUGCUUCUGGUUUUUUUCUGGUUGUAUGUUGAUGUGUACCGUAUUCGUGUACUGCUUGGUACCAGAAACUGCAGGUAAAACGUCUGCUGAGAUUCAAGAGAUAUUGAGAAAAUAAAGACUUUGAAUAUUUUGUUUUUGAUUUAUUGUCCUUUUAUGGUUGAAGACAAGUUCCCAGCGAGCACAAAAACAUCUCAAAGAUGUUG